GCACUACUGUCUGCUGAGGACAACACACAACACUGAAACCAUGCACUCCAUAAGAAAUUUCUUCUGUGGCCAGUGGAGCUCUUCAGUACGUCUGGAUGAAAAAACAGUCAUUAUCACAGGAGCGAAUACAGGCAUUGGCAAAGAGACAGCUAGAGACCUUGCGAGAAGAGGGGCGAGAGUCAUCAUGGCCUGUCGAGACCUCGAGAAGGCAGAGGCUGCCAGAAGAGAAUUAAUGGACAAUUCUGCAAACCAAAACAUUGUGGUGAAAAAACUUGAUUUAGCCGAUACCAAAUCCAUCAAAGCAUUUGCAGAGCUCAUAAACAAGGAAGAAAAGCAAGUCAAUAUUCUGAUCAAUAAUGCUGGAAUCAUGAUGUGCCCAUAUUCAAAAACAGCGGAUGGCUUUGAGAUGCAGUUUGGAGUAAACCAUUUAGGUCAUUUUCUGCUCAUUUACCUUCUGCUGGACCUCCUAAAGAAAUCAACCCCCUCCAGGAUCGUCAACGUGGCAUCUGUGGCCCAUACUUGGAGUGGCAUCCAUCUGGAGGACAUAAACAGUGAGAAGGUUUACUCUCCACGCAGGGCUUACGGACAGAGCAAACUAGCCAACAUCCUCUGCACACGCUCCUUGGCUAAAAGACUACAGGGCAGUGGUGUGAAUGUCUACUCUCUCCAUCCUGGUGUGGUUCAGUCAGAGCUGUUCAGAAACCUCAGCAAACCUGCGCAGAUCGCAUUCAAGGUCUUCAGCCCCUUCACCAAGACCACCAGUCAGGGAGCACAGACCACCAUCUACUGCGCCAUAGAGCCCGAACUGGACAGAGAGAGCGGAGGAUAUUACAGUGACUGUGGCCCGGCUCAGUGUUCAAGAGAAGCUUCAGAUGAUGAAAUGGCUCAGAAACUCUGGGAACUGAGCUGUCAGAUGCUCGGCAUUAUAUGGGAUUGAUAGAGCGCUCCUCUUAGUGACAAUGAUGUAAGAUUGGAAUGAAAGCUUUUGUGCUAAUGUCAAAGAUAACCCAAACUCUAGAACUCAUACAAUGCAUGCCUGAAUCAACACUAUACUGUAUGUAUUAUAUUGUAUAUUAAAUACUGUUUUUUAAUACUUUUGCCGAUGCUGUUAUAAUUUCACAAGACAUAAUGAACUGUUAUGAAUUAAAAUAUAUUUGAGAUUAUUAAAUAUUUUUAUCAUGCA